AUGGGUGCCCGCAUGGAUGGCACCAGUAGCGCUCGGCAACAGGAAAGGGAGGAGCCCUCAACCAAAUUCAGCGUGAGGCGGCAGCAACGCCAAACCGAGAACCGGCUCAAGGCACGUAGCCACAUCGCACAAUAUAGGAUACGACAACAUAAUAAUAACAAGCAGUGCUGUAUCACGUUGAGCAAGUAUUUGAACCAAAAUAUGAACAUGGUAUGA